UCAUUCAGCAGGUGUGACGAGGCUAUCAUCUCGACGCUUCAGUGAAAUCUGUUACUUUUCAUAUUUUAUCCUUUUUCAAGAUUUUACAUCAAGACAAUGUCCAACUUUGAUCUGUCCGAAGCAUUAGACAGUCCUCAUGAUUUAAAGGACCAAGGAGUUGAGCACUGCUGCUUUAACAUGACGGAUGUUCAAGAUGAGAUUUUCAGAAUUGACGAGGGACUGGAUCUGGUUGUUUCCAGGAACCCAAAAAACCUGCGGCAUUUUGCUAACCUGGUGCUGGCGUCGAACAGGAAGAGGAAGUCUCUGAAGCACUGUGGCCGGGGGCUCAGCGAGGAAAAGCUCUGCAGCGCCAUCAUGGACUGCCUAGUGACCGAAACAACCAUCAAUAUGAUCCACAGCCCUUCCACACAAGUGAAAACAAUAUUUCAGCGGCUUCACAGUGCAACGGAAUGCACCCUGUGUGACCAUGAACAAAAAAAUGUUGUCUGCGGAUCAGAUGAGUUAAAACUGCAGGCCAUCACUCUGCAAGGAGGUCACGGUGAACGCAAAGUAAAUUUCCAAAUGUACAAGUACAUCACUGCCUGCGCCUCAGAUGGCGAAGGUCUGACAGUCUGCCUGUCCAUCAGUAGAGACUUGCACAUGUCCUGCUCUAUGGAAGGUGACACAGUUACGUUGCUUUUGGAGAGAUGCGAUGAGGGGGAUUUAAAAAGGAUCAGCGGCGACGCAGACAUGGACCGCUUUCUGUUCUUCAAGAGAACCGUUGGAGUUUCUCUUAACUCGUUUGAGUCCGUGAAGUAUCGCACGUGGUUUAUCAGCACCUCCGUCAAGGAAGAAAACAAGCCUCUGGAGAUGUGUCAACAAGACACUCACACACGUCUCACCUGCUUCAAAGUAAACAACUAGUAUUGCUGCUGUCCUCUUGUCUUAACAGAAUGAUCUUGAGAUUCAUAUUUUGUAUUCUGCUUCGCCACUAGAUGGAGCAUUCGUCUGUAAUAUUCCCUCCUCCUGAUUGAUGACUUCUAAACCAUUAAAGAUAGUUUGACUUAUUAUAUAUAUUAUAUUUUAACUUACCGAAACUUUUUUCGUACACAUUUAAUUCAUCUCCGUCGGUAGAGAAAGUUAUAAAAGGAUAUUUCUCCAAACAACAGUUUAUUUGUUGUUGUUCAUUUACUUCAUAUCUCUAUCUAGAAAUGUAAAUAUAUAUUUUUUGUGCUUUGUUAAAACAUAUUUAAGCAUGUAAAACCAGCUAAAAGCGUAGUAGCAUAGAAUUAAAUUGGUGUUGUUUUUGUCUGUGUAGCUAAAGUGUUUAUGUAUUUCAGUUUUGAUUCAUUUUUUAUUUACAUAAAGGACAUGAGCCACAUGCUGUCCUCAUUUUUGCAAAUCAUGUAUUUAACAUGAAUAAAUAAUGAAGUGUUUCCCA